AGCUUUGACAUUUUCAUCGCGCACUCUGUGCACCGCGCCUCUUUUUCUUAUUAACGCAAGCCUAGAAAUCAGAAGCGCACAAGACUCGCCCGCGCACAUGAUUACAUAUAUACGCACACACACCUCUUCAUCCCAUGUUUAUAGGAUAUACCGAAGUAAGGGAAUCGACACAGUGGGAGAACAGGAACACUGGUAGGUUAUUCUUGUGGCGGAACACGGGUAGGUUAUUCUUGUGCCUACACCCAGCCGGAGAUGCCAGGACCUUACAGCCUUUUCGGCAUCAUGUAGAACAUGAUGAAGCCCUGCAAGCCCGUGUUGAUAAGGAGGAGUGAAGUGGACGGAGUGACGGAUACUUCCCUGACCGAAUCUUCAAAUGUUAAUGCCGGCAAGAUGGAGAAACAGACCUUGGUGACGGCUAUCAGUUUGUCCAUGAGCCUGGCAUCUCUGGCACUUCUCAUCGCCGCUAUCAUGACCGACCACUGGUACGAGACGGACACCACACAGCACAGGCAGAACUGCGACCAGUUCGGGCCGGACGCCAACGACCAGAAGAACCGGCGGAUGCCCAUCUAUCACCUGCCCCUGAUGGACAGCAGCAAUCCUCGGAGGAACCAGGCGCUGCUCCGGGCGAUCCACGUCGGGAGUAGAGAGGAGGAGCUCCUGGAAAACUGGAGGUCCAUUUUGGGAAUGGGAAUUUUAGAAACGGAAUGCGGGAGGCCUCUAUUCUCCACUUACUCUGGACUUUGGAGGAAAUGUUAUUAUCUAGGAAAGGACAGGGACAUCGACAACCUCAUUGCCAAGGGUAUAGCCCAGCGAUGCAUCACCAUCAAGUACCAUUUCUCCCAGCCCAUCCGGCUCCGCAACAUCCCGCUCAACCUGACCCGCACCAUUCAGCAGGAUGAGUGGCACCUCUUACAUCUGCGGCGGAUCACAGCUGGGUUUCUGGGUAUGGCAGCAGCCGUUCUGUUGUGUGGCUGCAUCGUGGCGUCUGUCAGCUUCGCCUGGGAGAAGAGUCUCACUCAGCACGUCUCUGGGCUGCUCUUUCUCAUGGCAGGGAUCUUCUGCACCAUCUCCCUGUGUACCUACGCGGCCAACGUGUCCUAUGACCUGGCCAGGGUCCCUCCCUUCAUCUACGGGCUACCCGCUGACGUGGAGCAUGGCUACAGCUGGUCCAGCUUCUGUGCCUGGCUCAGUCUGGGACUGACAGUGGCGUCUGGAUGCCUGUGCACCACUUUCCCCAUCCUCAGCCAUAGCAACAGCAAAGCCCAGCAGGGCAAGGACCAAACCCCUGUGCAUAUGUGCCGAAACCCAAGUCAAGACUUCCCCUCGUCAAUGGAUAUUAACCUGAUCGCAGUGGAGACAGACCAAACCUCGGUGGAUAUGCACCUAAAUCGAAGUCCACAUCUCCCUCAUUAAUGGAUAUUAACCCCGAUCCUAGUGGACCCUAAUCUGAGUGUAUUUACCUUCGAUUACAGAAUACAUCCACUGAAACUAUCAAUGAACAUUUGCCAUAACCCCAGACAGUGGAUAUUUGUUGGAUGUGCGUCAUGCAUUCUGAUUGGUAAAUAGAGUUGGAGAAGAGAAACUGAGGAACUCUUGAAAGAUGCAUUAUUUCCUUCAAACCAUUUGCAAAGUCAAUGAAAUCAUAAAUAAAAAGUAUUACCAAAACUGGGUUUGACA